CUUAAUCUUUAUUUAGGACUAAAAUCUUAAAUUUCUCAAAUAAGUUGAAAUUGAAUUGACAGUUGUAAAAGCUUUUUGUUGGGGAAUGUCUGGUGGACCGUAAAGAUAUUUAACUUGUCAGACUGACGUUGCACAAUAUCGGGUGGAUUUUUGCGAAGUAUAACCAUGGCGACAGGGACGGGUACAGAGCGACGGUCAACCGGUGAGAAGGUGAAGGCCUUCAUUAUUUCAAACAUCUUUAUAAUUCUCAUGGUCCUAGCCCUCAUCAUCGGCGUCGUUAUGGGUCUAACAGUGAGAAGAUUAGAUGGAUGGGAGUACUGGCAGAAGAGGAAGAUAUUCUACUUGAGAUUUCCGGGGGAUUUACUCCUCAACAUGCUCAAGAUGCUGAUCCUUCCACUGAUCGUGUCGUCUCUCAUCUCUUCACUUGCGGCGCUGGACAGCAGAGCUUCAGGUCGUAUGGGUUUACGUGCCGUUGUGUACUAUCUAACCACAACGUUCUGUGCCGUGGUUAUUGGAAUUGUAAUGGUGCUUGCAAUACGCCCCGGGAAUAGAGGCAAUGAAGACAUUGCAAAAAGUGGAAAUACAAAGGAACAAGAGCCUUUAGAAGCGCUGUUUGAUCUUAUCAGAAAUUGUUUCCCUGACAACUUGAUUGAGUCUGCUUUUCGAAAGCAAACGACGGAAGUCCAGGAUUAUAAUGUUAAAAUGCAAGAAGGGAACAAAACGAUUGUUGUGGACACGGUCGAUAAUCCGAAAGUUGUCAAGUCAGAAGGGAUGAACGUCCUUGGCAUUGUUGUUUUCUCAAUAUUUUUCGGAGUUAUGUGCUCAAAAAUGGGACCUGCGGGGAAACCAUUGUUGGACUUCUUCGAGGCCCUACAUGUGGCUACAAUGAAACUGACAAUGUUGGUAAUCUGGUAUUCUCCAAUCGGUAUCAUUUUCCUCGUCGCCACAAAGCUGAUAGAAAUGAAGGACCCCAAUGUUGUGUUCGUACAGCUUGGAUAUUACAUGCUUACAGUUCUGGCUGGUCUCGCAGUCCACGGCUUCAUUGUACUGCCCCUCGUCUAUUUCGUAGCGGCAAGGAAAAAUCCAUUCGUAUUCAUGUAUAACAUGCUUAAAGCGUUGCUUACCGCUUGGGGAACCGCCUCCAGUUCCGCUACAUUACCAGUAACCAUGGAAUGUUUGGAACAUCGAAACAAGAUCGACAUCCGGGUGGCUAAGUUUGUUGCUCCUAUUGGUGCUACAGUAAAUAUGGACGGUACGGCACUGUAUGAGGCAGUGGCUGCUAUCUUUAUUGCACAGGUCAAUGGUAUAACUCUCAAUGUUGGAGAGGUUAUCACUAUCAGUUUGACCGCUACUGCAGCAGCUAUUGGUGCGGCAGGUAUACCGUCUGCUGGUCUUGUUACUAUGGCAAUAGUGUUGACAGCUGUUGGAUUACCAAUCGACGACAUCAGGCUCAUUUACGCCAUCGAUUGGUUCUUGGAUCGAUUUCGCACGGCCAUUAACGUGUUGGGAGAUUCAUAUGGUGCCGGGAUAGUUGAGAAACUUUCGAAGGCAGAUUUGGAAAAGUUCGACCAGGAACAUACCUUUAAUGUAGCAGGAAGUGAAGGCACUGGAUCAACAGACGACGUAAUCCCACCAAAAGAGAAGGAAGGUGGAAUGAGCAAUCCAAUGUUUACAAGGGAUAUUGAACUCAAUGUCACAGAGCGCUUGUAAAUGAUGCAUCUCAGAGGAGUGCUUGUAAACGUUUAUUUUUGAAUCUGACAAUCGUCUAUGACAUGUCAGAAUAUUGUAGUUGUCAAUAUUUUGACUACAUUUUGCAUAUAUAUUAACUGUACUAAGCAGAAUGUGUAAUCUAUCGUAGACAAUUUAGGUACUGUUACAUACCUUCACACUAUCUUUUAGACAUUGUGAUGCGUGUCUCAGUUCGGCGAUUCAUUAAGUGGUAGGCCUACAGUUAACAGUGUACUACAUCACACCUGUUUGUGCAUAGGGCCUAACAUCCACGUACAUUUUUAUGACAAAGCAUUGAAAACUAAUGCAGUGCUGCAGCUAGUUUUACUAAGAGACGGACACUUUUGACACACAACUGUGUUGAUUAAAAGCCGCGAUACAGUUUUCUUUGGAACAUUGUGCAGUUCUGUGUUACAACUUUGUACAUUUUUGUGAGACACAGUUUAAUACAACAUCGUGGUAUAUUAUCCAAUAACUAACAUGCAUCCAGCUUCGGAUCUAUUAGACGCUUUAAAUCUUAUCCGAAAACAUUCUUUCUCCGGUAAUCAUUCAUCACUGAAGUUCCUUUUUAGAUAAUACAACUAACUCCAUAAAUACAUGUAUGUGCUAUUGAAUGCUAGUGAUUCUUAUCAAAAAGAUAUAUCGCUGAGAUGAUUAUUAACCCUUAUCAUGCUGGACACGACUAAUUCUGUUUUUGCGACCCUUUUAACAGUUAAUGGUACUGUCCAAAUUAAAAGAUGGACAAGUUCAUUAUAGAAAUUUAGCAGGGUAAGGGUUUAAAACGAUGUAUAUCCAAGAUAAGCCUUUUUACACAAACACCAUCAUAGGUUAUUUGUUAAUGGUUGAAAAUGAAAAUCUUGGUCAAAGCUAUGUUGAAUGUUUAUACAAUAUUAGAAGUUUUUUUCGCGAGACUGAAUUGCAUGGAAAGGAAUAGCCUGUUUUGAUAAAAGUGCAUAUAAGUAAGAGUUCGACGUGAUCGCGUAAAAUCUUUCGCGAAAAUGGGAAGAAAACAAUUUCUUAUUGAUUUGGUGAAUAAAGGGAUGGUCUUACUAAGUUUUGAGUGGUGUUGUAUUUACACCUUUGACAAACCACCAGGUCAAAAAGCCGAAGGUCAGAUGUAGGCUAAUAAAUCAAACAUGACAAAUGUCUGCAUUCAACCUUUAAAAAAACAUCAUUAACCUAGGCUUUUGUAUCAUUUUCAACAUCUGACAUGGUUCAUUUACUUAAAGCAAUAUACAGGAAAUUUUAUAUUUUAAACACUCAGCACGUCACGCGGGAUGUUCGGGAUGAAACCCUUUUUAUAGCAUAAAAAACUAUGAUCACUACACACAAUAACUUGUUUGAAAUGCAGUUUAUAUUUAUGUUAAAUGGUAUCAUUUAUUAGACAUAAAUAUUAGUUAUUGUUCUGAAAGAAGAUGCAUUCCGACGAACCAGACAGUGCUACCGGAGAAUUUUAGGCUCAGAAUUAAGCCAUAACUUGGGCUCAAGCGAUCUAUGUGAUAACAAUUGCACAGGAUCUGGAUCUGAAUAUAUUUUUGAAACAAGCCUGGACCUAUUUUACGUCGAGGGCGUGCUUAUUCUCUAAGGUAAUGGACUCGUAAUGACAAUCGGCAAUUUCCGUGUAAUUACGUAUUUUCUUCGUAUGCGAUUUCGGCAACUUUCGGCCAUAACAGGAAUUCCUUUUUUUUAACAACCGGAAAAUGCCGAACUGAUAUACGGAGAAUACGUAAAUGAACGGAAAUUGCCGAAGGUCAUUACGGGUCCUCUACGUUUCUCCGACAUUAUGUACACUAUGACCAUAUUUGCACUAUUUGAAAUGAAGGAUUUGUAAUGAAUUUUGUUUUGUUUUUUAAUCAGAUUUUACAUUUUAUUAUUAUAUAUGUUUACUUAUGGUGUAAGUGGUUAGCUGCAAUAAAAUAACACACUGUUAA